AUGCAAGACAGAUCCAAGGGGAAAUCUACGGAGACAGAAGGGCGGAGCGGAGAGAAAUGCGGGUGUGUAAUGGCAUGCCGGUCAGAUAUGCUGACAGGCACCAGGUAUGUCUGCUUGCUGUGCCUGACUGCCCUGCUGCUGCUGUUCAAGAUUGUUGUCAGCCGCCUCUGCAACUCCCUCAUCAACAUGCCCACUCUUCCCACCCUUCCUCCAACCCCAUCCCCAUCCAUCAUCCAGAUACCCACCCAGAUUGCCCCUCCCCUUUCAGUGACCUGCCCCACCCCACCCAUGGCUCCUCCAGCACCGCCCACCACCCCUUCCCUGACCCCUCUCUCUUCCUCCCUGUGCCUGCCAUACGGCUGGGCACGGCUUCAACCCCUCGGCGCACUGGUGUCUGCUCUGCUGCUGGCCUCCCUCUGCGUCUCUGUCACAUUGGACAUCCUAAGCCACGCCCUUCAGCCUCACCCCAUACAGCGCCCUCUGCUGGCUACAGUCGCCGGCGCAGCCAGCCUGCUGUUCAAUACCCUGGUGCUAGGGGCGCAUUGGGCGGGCCUGCUGAAGCUAGACUAUGGACAGUCGUGCUGCUCACCUAAAGACGAGAGGUGUCAGAACUCAGGGGUGCAUGAUAAAGCAGGGGUCUCAGUGCAGACAGAGGAGAUCAAAGUAACAGAGGAUGCCGAAGGCAACUGUGGCUCCAUCAGCUUCCACCAAGCUGAGGAUGGGUUCCAAAGCUAUUUCAGGGACGGGGAGCUCUUGUUCUGUAACCCUGAUGGCGGCACAGGGCUGACUGCGCACCCAAUAGUGCAGUCUCACGCAGAGACCCCCACCUUCACCAAGAGCUGGUGCUGCAGUCUGCAUUGGCUUGUCAUGCUGGUCCAGUCCCUGUUGGGCCCGGUCCUGGUUCUGACCAAUGGCUUGGCACUGCUUCUGUCCGACCCCGACUGCCAGCACAGCCCGGCGGGCUGCGGGAUCUUCCUGUAUUUGGACCCGGGCUUCUCCCUGCUGACCGCAUUGGUGCUGGUGGCCUCUGCCCUUCCGCAGGCCAGGCGCCACGGCUUCCUCCUCCUGCAGGGGGCGCCACCCCACAUCUCCCCGGACGGGCUCGCCCGCCGCAUCGCCACCGUCCCCGGGGUGCUGUCUGUGCAUGAGCUGCACGUGUGGCAGCUGACGGAGGCCUGCCUAGUGGCGUCCGUGCACGUCCACUGCCACCCGGAGCUCCUCCUCUCGGGGGCCCCUGAGCUGGUGGCCGGCGUCGCAGAGGUUCUGCGGGGCGCCGGGGUGAUGUACUCCACCGUGCAGCCUGAGUUCCUCACUCCCGCCCGCUCUGGCACUGCUGCCGCAGCUCCUCACUUCACCCCAGCGCACCUGCCAGCGCUACACUGCAGCCUGGCCUGCGGGAAGCAGUGUGCUGCCAAGAUGUGCUGUAAGAGCCAGGGGGAAAGUGCGCCCUCUGGUGGGGACCCCGGCGAUGCAUAG